CAGAAUGUUAUCCAAAUUUAUAAGUAAUAUUAACCAUGUCUCCGCUAACGAUCGCUCUGUCUGUGAUUGUGGCUUCACUGCUGGUCCUGCUUUUCCUUCAGCCCCGCAAGAAGGGUUUGCCUCCUGGGCCUACAGGCCUCCCUCUUAUAGGCAACCUUUUGAACCUCAUCUCAGAGAACUCUACGGAAUAUUUCUCGAGGAUGUCACAGAAGCACGGGCCAUUGAUGAGCAUCCAGUUAGGAACUCAAAGGAUCGUGGUGAUCAACUCUCAGGAGUGGUUGUACCAGGCCUUCGUCAAACAGGGCGACCACUUCAACCAUCGUCACCACAGCACCGUCAUCUACUUCAUCACUAACGGACGAGGAAUUGCGAUGGCGGAAGGUCAGAAGUGGAAGGACUCUAGGAGAAUCACCGUUCAACUCUUGCGUGAUUUUGGGCUAGGCAAAACCAGCAUUGAGAAUUAUGUGAACCUGGAGCUGCAGACACUCUUGGACACACUACACGAGAAGGUGAACAAACCUGUAGACCUUCACCACGACCUGUCCACGGCCGUGCUGAACAUCGUGUGGCACAUGCUCGUGGGGGAGCAGUUCAAGAUGGGCGAUCCUACCUUGCACUGGAUCAUAGACUCGCUCGAGCAGACUCUUAACCUCGUCGAGCAGGGGGGCUUUUUGAAUUUCACGCCGGUGUUGCAGUUCAUCGGUACGUUUUUCCAGCCUAAGGCCUUCAGGGUGCUGUUCAGCAUGAUCCACCGCAUCAGGUAUUUCUACCGGCUCAUCAAAACCCACAACGAGAAGAUGGAUGACCCCGCCAGGUCUCAUGAUCUAAUUUACGUCUUCCUCGAGGAACAAAAAAGACUGAAAAAACUGGGACAACCUUUGGGAACUUUCACAGACUCGCAGCUCGUUUGGCUGCUGAGUGAUUUGUUCAUAGUUGGUUUGGACACGACCGUCACGACGCUGCGAUGGAGUGUGCUAUUUUUCAUCACAAGACCAAAAGUGACACAAAAACUAAUCGAAGAAAUCGACUCCGUCAUCGGCAGCGAGCGUAAGCCCUGCCUCAACGACCGUGACAACAUGCCGUACAUGGAAGCCUUCAUCAACGAAGUCAUGCGGUUCUCGACCAUCACGCCUCUCGCAGCUCACGCCACUCCUGAAGACACAACUCUGGGGGAGUACCACAUCCCCAAACAAACCCUGGUCAUCGCCAACCUCUGGGGUAUCCAUCACGAUCCAAAGGUUUGGGGAGAUCCUCACGAAUUUCGACCAGAACGCUUCUUGGGACCGGAAGGCAAGGCGAUGUUGAAGCACUUGGUGCCGUUCUCUCUUGGUCGCCGCAACUGCCUGGGAGAGUCGUUGGCGCGCACCGAGAUCUUCUUGUUCCUGACGUCCCUCCUCCAGCAGUUCACCUUCGUCCAGCACGGUGACAAGCCCUCCGAGAAAUUCAACCACGGCAUCCUCAUGCAUCCAGUUCACCACAAAGUCAUCCUCAAGCACCGUCAGCACGAUCACCCACAGAAAAAUUCAUCUUCCGAUGGCAUCCACUCAGCCUUUUCAUGUUGAAAUUCAUAAUGGUUAAAAUAUCCAAGCUGUGCAGCAUAAGGAUGAAUAUGCGAUCUCUGGAGACUCGAAAACAGCAGCUUUGUCUCAAAAAUUUUAUCAGUUGAACUUAUUUUUUCACGAAAACUUAUCAAAUGCAAAUUUUAUGCAGCACCUCUCGUUUUUUAAUAAAGUACGUAGUGAAUUUUAAAGUAAUAUUAUACGAUCAAGUUCAGUUGUGCUCUUAAUUUUUUUACGCACCGGCUCUCAAGUUCACCUGUGUUGAUUAUAAUCCGUUGCAAUGCAAUGGAGCGUAAAUCAAUGGAUUGACUGGAAUCUCAUAUUACGUUGCUAUUUAAAAUAUUGUAAGGCUUUUUUGCCAUGCUUGUUAUGUCCUUCUGUUAUGCAUUUACCAAUGCAAGAAUUUCAUGUUCUUAAAUUAUAAAUUGGCCGGAAUUAAUGCAAGCAGUGCCUAAUUUCCGUUCGAAAUUUUCAUGAUAAAUAAUGAUUCUUUGAUGACGUGAUGAAUUACGGAGGGGCCAUGCAACCUUAAGCUUAAUACCCUGCCGGCAUUUAAAAUCCCUAUUGCGUCCUCGCAAGUGUAGACAAACAAACAAUUAAGCAAAUCCUUGAUUCAAAUUCAUUGAAGUAAACAUUCAAGAUUCCGCAAACAUUUAUUAUUACCGAAAUAAUUUAAGUAAAUGUAAAUUUCAUUUUCG